AACAUGACCUAGAAGAAGAGGAAAAACACGGCGAAGGCGUUUGGGUUAAAGACUACAGUGUCGUUGUAAAAAAUAAAUUCGUAUCGUCUGUUAACAUUUAAGUCAUUGUGUUUGUUAUGUUAUAUAACGUAUAUAUACGUGUUUCCUCUAAUAUACCUAUGAAGAGAAAAGAGCUGAUUUGAGGUAUGUGAGGAAGUGCAGAGGCUCGAACUGGAAGCUUCCUCAGCGCCGUUCACCACGGCGGGAAACAUCAAACCUACCGUGUGCAGGGUGGUCAUCUACCUCCAGAGGGACAUGUCAGGAGAGAGCUGCCUGCACCCGCUUCAGCCUCAGGCCGAUCCCGUCCUCACCAUCUCUUCAACCCGAUGUCCCAAGAUUAAGAGUUGCAGCCAGCGUGGCACGGCGGGAAGCAAAUAUGUCCGCCUCAACGUGGGAGGAACGCUCUACUAUUCCACUGUGCAAGUGCUUACACGACAGGACACAUUGCUCAAGUCCAUGUUCAGCGGCAAGAUGGAGGUCUUCACCGACAAGGAAGGUUGGAUUUUGAUAGACCGAUGUGGGAAACACUUCGGGUCGAUUCUCAGCUACUUGCGGGAUGGAAGUGCAACUUUGCCAAAGAGCAAACAGGGUGUCAUGGAGCUUCUCACUGAGGCGAAGUAUUAUCAGAUCCAGGGGCUGGUGGACUUGUGUCAGUGUGCGCUACAGGAUAACACGCAGAAAGCCGUGUGCGUUAUCCCCAUCAUCACAUCCCAGAAGGAAGAGGAGAGAUUGAUCCAGGGCUGUACGAGGCCUGCAGUCAAGCUACUCUACAAUCGAGGCAACAACAAAUAUUCCUACACCAGCAACUCGGACGACAACUUGCUCAAGAACAUCGAACUGUUCGAGAAGUUGUCGCUGAGCUACAACGGACGCGUGCUGUUCAUCAAGGACGUCAUCGGCGACGAGAUCUGUUGCUGGUCCUUCUACGGGCAGGGCCGCAAAUUAGCAGAAAUCUGCUGCACGUCCAUUGUCUACGCUACUGAGAAAAAGCAGACCAAGGUGGAGUUUCCAGAGGCUCGUAUCUACGAAGAGACACUAAACGCUCUACUUUAUGAGACACUCCCGGUCCCUGACAACUCUCUGCUGGAGGCCACGCGCCGGCGAGCUCACUGCUGCUCACACAGCGAGGAGGACGAGAGCGUGGAGCUGAGAGAGCGAGUGCGGCGCAUACACAUUAAGAGAUACAGCACCUACGAUGACAGACCACUGGGACAUUAGCUGAGAACUAAGAGUCAAAAGCUCGCACGGUCUACUGAGAUCUCACGUACACACGGUCGGGGACACUUUGUUGAGUGUGAACAAGAAUGAUAACACUAUAUUUACUCUGUGAGCAAUGAACGAUCAGACCAGGGUGGCGUGUUAGUGCAGUUCAUUCAGAUACUGACGAACAGAUCAUAUUGACUGGUACUUGUAAUUAUUUUAGGGGAAAUGCACACUUGCCAGAUUUCUAGUGACGUAUACUUAAGUGUACUGAACAGCAUGAAAGUGUGAGCUUUCGCCCACUGGAAAUUCUGUGAGAAAUAUGACACUACAGGCAACUCUCUUCUUGAUAAUAUUUAACCACUGUUUUAACUCAGCCAUAUCUCAGUGAUGAAUCCUGACAAUCUGAUCAAAUAACUGUUAGAUUCCUUCUGGUGGUCUACAUCGCAGAAAAGGACCAGCACCUUUGUAGAAUGAUGGGCUUCUCGUGGGGUUUUUUCUUUCUUUCUUUUUUUUUUUUUAAAAAAAUGCUCUGUAUAAACACUAGAAUUGCAAUGACUGAUAUACCACUUCUCUAGUAACCACCAUUGGUUUUAAAAACCUAAUCCAAUAAUGUGAACACAACUGGCAAGGCUUGUUUUUAAAUCUUUAUUUAUUAAUCUCAGAAUUGUAAUACUGGCAAAAUUAAUCGAGAACACAGCAACGAUGAACAGAAUUUUGCUGCACAUCGAGUCUUUUUUCUUCGUUGAUAUUUUAGGAUGCCUUAAUGCCACUCAUGCCUUCCUUUGUAGUAAAUGAGCAUAAGGCCAAAAUAAAUGAGCAUAAGGCCAAAAUAAUUUUCUGAUUCGGAAUGUAAUCAUGUAAUGGAGGACUUGGUGAAAAUGUGCUUUUGAAGUUCACGAAUUAUAUAUUUGUGAUUCUUGCUAAAAGCUGUAUUUUGUUAAAUCUGUAGGUUUAUUUUAUAAGCCUUUCAUACUCUUUAUAAAAGAUUUUAUUUAAAUGGA